GAACCAAUCAAUAUACAAGAAGAUUGACCGGAUAGUGAUAGGGUAAUGACCGGAUUAUAGAUAUAAAUGGUCAUUACUUUUUUGUUAUUUGGUUGUUUUUUUUUUAUAUUUGGAGACCUUGAGAUACUAAACUAUUUUAUGAAAAUCUGAAAAAAUGUUUUUAAAAUAUUUUUGAGCUCCAAAUGUUGGCCUGAAUGAGUUCAUCGACAAUUAAAAGUACCAAUCCGGUCAAUCAUCCUGUCAUUAGUGUAACACUAGGUUUUAGCAUUUUCAAUAUGUCAGCGUCCAUGGUUUCAGUAAAGUUUGAACAAUCGAACAUUUUUUUAAUAUGUAUAGAAACCACACCGCAUUUUCUCCCAGUGCGAAUAUAAAAAUAUCAACAAGUACUUUGCUGUUGGCUGGCUAAUGUGACGCAUUUGAGACUUUUUAUUAUUGUCUAUGAAUUUCAAGGAAUAAAUAAUGCUGUCUCCAGGAACAUAUCUAAAUCAUGAAUGGUAUCGGUCACAAGAAGGAAGGGAAAUAAUCUCAUCAUUACUUCAGAAGAACUUGGUCACUAGGAAAACUUUUGGUCUCCUAGAAAAACCCAAUGUUCCUACACAAGUUGAGGAAGUGAUAUACAAAAUAUUUCUGGUCGGUAAGAGUGGUGUAGGAAAAACUAGUACUAUUGCAAAAUUAUCAGGGAACCAGAUUCCUACCAGUCAUAGUGAGACCGCAGGAAUACAGACAACAACUAUUUACUGGCCAGGAAAAAUACAGCAAUUCAACAAAGUGAUAAUGUUCAAGCUACAAUUAUGGGAUGCAGGUGAAGGGGCAUUGAAAAAGUUUGACCAUAUUCAGCCGGCAUGUUUAGAAAAGUGUGACUGUACUAUGUACCUAUUUUCAUUUGUUGACAAGAGUAGUUUUGAUGACAUUCCACAGAACUUUGGAAGAUUUAGUGGACCAAAAGAUACAUCUUGUAAAAUCAUCAUGGGAACAAAAUUUGAUCAGCAUGCACAUACAGAAAUAACGCAAAGAGACAUCAGAGAUUUUGAACAAAAUUGGAAAAUCCCAAUCUUGAAAAUAAGAAAUAUUCCCGAUAAUGAUGGUAAAACAGACUUUAAUGAUGUCGCACAAAUAUUAAAUAUUAUCUGCGAACAUUUAUGGUACAGAGAUGUACUGUUAUCAAAUAAAACAGAAGAAGGGAAGAUAUCAUACUGUUAAAUAGACACAGGAAUUAUAUCAAUUUGUUUAAUAGACACAGGAAUUAUAUCAAUUUGUUAAAUAGACACAGGCAUGAUAUCAUAUUAUUAAAUAAAUGAAGGGAUGAUAUCAUAUUGUUAAAUAGAUGCAGGGAUGAUAUCAUAUUGUUAAAUACAUGCAAGGAUGAUAUCAUAUUGUUAAAUAGAUACAGGGAUGAUUUUAUAUUGUAAAUUAGACAUUGGGAUGAUGUCAUAUUGUUAAAUAGAUGCAGGGAUGAUAUCAUAUUUGUGAAAUAGAUGAAGGGACAUGCAUGUACAAUAUCAUAUAGUUAACAAGACAAAGGGCAGAUAUCGUAUAGUUAACAAGACAAAGGGCAGAUAUCAUAUAGAUAACAAGACAAAAUGCAGAUUUCAUAUUGUUAACUGGAAGAAGGGAAGAAAUCCUACUGUUUUGUUAACUAUGGUUAUACAAUUGUAAAAAAAUUAUAGGUGAAGGUUCUUUUUCAGAAAGUUCGAACUAUAGGAAACAUUUGUCUAGUGAAUGUUUGAUAUAUUUAGAAACUGAAAGAGAAGAUGAAAUUGGACAAAAUAAGAUUUAUUCCUGAAUAUUCCUGAAUAUUCUUGAAUUAUCCUUGAAUAUUCUUAAAUUAUCCUUGAAUAUUUAUGAAUAAUUCAUAUUCAUGAAAACAGGGUAGCUAGAUAUUAGAAAUAAUGUUGUAAUGUUUUUUCAGUCUGUACAUGUAUAUGAGGUAUACAUGUUAGGCCAUAAAAAAGACUAUGUUUGUUUGCCCUAACCCUACCUACCCAGAAAAUAGCUGCCUACUAAAAUCUUAAAUUGCCCUGAUGUGAAAUUUUUUUUAAUCUUUUUAAUCAGAUAGUCAUGAAUACUAAAAAACAUCUGACAAUUCAUCUUCUCUUUGCCGAAAAAAAAAAGAAAAUGCCUACCUACCUACCUACCUACUGUCUCUACCUUUGGGUAGGGUUUGGGCAAACCAAAAUAUUUUUAAUAUAUGCAUAAAAACAAAACAAUUCUUUGUAAACUAUAUAUAUAUAUAUAUAUAUA